CCAGUUCAGAGCAGCCAUUGAAUGGACAGGAAGAGGGCGGGAAUGACGUGCGGUUUGGGAGUCUGGUCUGGGAAGCAGCGGGACAACCAGUAGAAUUCGUCCUUGAGGCGUUGCUCACAGCAUUGGGAUAAUUGAAAUAACGUUUUUAUUGUAGAAUAGGACUCGGAAAUAAGGCCCAACCAUCUAGGGGCCUUUUUCGAUUGAGGUUUAGGACAGAUACAGAAAGAGGAUCAAAUAAUAAAUGAGUUCUUCCACCGACCGGCGUAAUGUUGCUGUGGGACCCAGGAAUGAAGGGGCAGCGGUGAAGGGAUUCACCCAGAAAGCCCACGUUUCUAACCCAUGCCUAAAUGAUUUAUUGGAGGGAGAUGUUCAAGCCUUCCUUAGUGAUGAAGACCAACUGCACACUUUUGAUGACCUCACCAAAGUCAACCCAGUGACUCCAACAACAGUGCUAAAAUGCCUGCAGGCCAGGUACAGUUUGAAGGUCUUUUACACCAAUGCUGGCUGCACCCUGGUGGCUCUUAACCCUUUCCAGCCCGUUCCAGACCUUUACUCUGUGGAUGUGAUGAGGGAGUAUCACUACGCAACUCAGCCUCAGGAGUUUAAACCACAUAUCUUCAUUGUGGCGGAGGAAGCUUACAGGAAUGUUCAGGGUCAGCUGGAGCCAGUGAACCAGUCGUUGGUUGUUAGUGGUGAGAGUGGAGCUGGAAAGACAUGGACGUCUCGUUGCCUGAUGAAAUACUACGCCACUGUGGCAGCCUCUUCCCCAGCUGCUUGGAGCCAGGACACAGUGGAGAGAAUAGAGAAGAGAGUGUUGGACUCUAAUCCUCUGAUGGAAGCUUUUGGCAACGCUUGCACGCUGCGUAACAAUAACAGCAGCCGCUUUGGAAAGUACAUCCAGCUGCAGCUGGACAGGGGUCAGCUGUUAGUAGGCGCUUCAGUGCAAACGUAUUUGUUGGAGAAGACCAGGGUGGCCUGUCAGCCAGCCAAUGAGAGGAACUUCCACAUCUUCUACCAGAUGAUGAAAGGAGCCACAGAGGAGCAGAGAAAAGACUGGAAGUUGCCACACAAUCGGUGUUUUGCGUGGUUGCCAAAAUGUGAAAAACAAAUUGAGGAGGAUAGUUUCCAUGAAACCGUUCAGGCAAUGGUUCAUCUUGGCAUUAAUGAGGAAAGGCAAAGACAAAUAUUUAGGAUUUUAGUAGGUAUUCUGCAGCUGGGGAAUGUGAGUUUCUGCUCUUCAGCAAAUGAAUCACAGCCCUGCGACCUUGAUGAACACUCUGAAGACUUCUUACAGAGAGCUGCCGAGCUGCUGGGUGUCCCUUCAGAGGAGCUCCAAACACUUCUAAGAGUGAGGACUCUGAAGGCAGGGAAGCAAAAUGUGCUAAAGCCCUGUUCCCAAGCAGAGUGCGGAGUGAGACGGGACUGCCUGGCCAAGGUCAUUUACGGCCAAUUAUUUCAGUGGUUAGUGAUGUUCAUCAACAGCUGUAUAUGCGCUGACAAAUCCAAAUGGUGCAACUUCAUAGGAGUCCUAGAUGUGUACGGCUUCGAGUGUUUUCAGAUCAAUAACUUGGAGCAGCUGUGCAUCAACUACGCCAAUGAGAAACUCCAGCAGCACUUUGUGGCCCAUUACCUCAGAGCUCAGCAGGAAGAGUAUGUGUCGGAAGGUAUGGAGUGGUCCUUUGUUAAAUAUGAAGACAACCAGAGCUGUCUCGAGCUUUUAGAGGGAAACCCUAUCAGUGUGUUUUCUCUCCUUAAUGAGGAGAGUCGUCUGAACCGAGCCUCAGACUCAAAAAUGCUGAGGGUUCGUUUGGAGAAGGAGCUGGGUUGCAAUGGCAACAUCGUCUGGGACAAGUUCAGCAAGGUGCCACAUUUUAUUGUGACCCAUUAUGCGGGCAAAGUUAGCUACCAGAUAGAAGGCAUGGUGGAAAAAAACAAGGACCCGGUCCCACCAGAGCUCAUCGGCCUGCUUCAGAAAUCUGAUAAUCUCCUCCUUCAUGAGAUCUUCAUCGACAAGGAAACUGAGAACCCAAAUAACAAGGGGCUGAGUAAAGUUACCGUGGUUUCCAAGUUUAAGAACUCACUGGAGAACCUGAUGAAGGUCCUCCUGACCACAGCUCCUCAUUACACUCGCUGCAUCAAACCCAACUCAGACUGUAGGCCGCUGACCUUCAGCAAGGAGGAGGUUAUUUUACAGUUGGAGGCCUGUGGCAUCGUGGAGACCAUUCACAUCAGUGCUGCAGGCUUUCCAAUAAGAAUUCCUUUCAAAAGCUUCCUCCAGCGUUAUGGACUAAUCACCAAAUAUUCAACAUCAGGGCGUCUCCAUGUUGAUUCUGACGCCGACAGCACCAUCAUUCUUCAGCAGGAGGUGGAGAGGCUCCUCGGUGCGGUGCUCCAACAUGUGUCCUGUGAUGAACGCAGGUCGUUGGUGCACCGUGGAAGGACUAAAGUUUUUCUCACCCGGCCAAUGCUAGAUUUGCUGGAGGAUCUCAGAAAGAAGAUCAUGUGUCGAUGUGCCUUUACCAUUCAGUGCUGCUGGCUGCAAUAUCAGCGGCGCAGACUCCUCGCACGCCGACAGUCUGCCACUUUAAUCCAAGCAGCUGUGAGGUCCUGGCUAGUCAGGAAGCGGAUCCAGAGGUGGAACAGAGCAGCCACACUGAUUCAAAACGCCUGGAAGAAAUGGAGGGCACUGUUGAAAUCCUUGGCUGAAUCAGAACUCGAUGAUGCAAUGGACCUUGUGGAGGAAGACACCCCGGCAUUGAAGCCUGUUGUCGCGCAGCGGGGCUCUGUGCAGCUUUCCAGCUUCCAGGAGCCUGUCCCUGUGUGCGGGUGGCCAAUGGGCCUGGCUCUGGCCUCGGCACCAUCUAUCACUGUUUCUUUGACAGCCACGGGCUUCCAAAAGAUGAUAUCUGUAAUGACUUCGCUCAAUCUGCCAUCCAGGAGAGGAGUGUACAAAGUGGAGACCAACCAGUACAAGCAGGGGCUCGCCUCCAUACGUGCUCAACCCAGGGGAUCAGUCAAGCUGCACUAUCAGCGAUCUCCCCUACUGUAUGCUGACAUGCAGCCGGACCUGAAGAGCGACGUGACCGGGUUCAAUGAGAUCCUGCUAGAGAAGACUUUAUAGAAACAUGCUCUCUGCAGAAUGAUUUCAUGGAAACAUAUCACCAUCUGGAAAAGUAAAGAAGCUGUUUUCUUGAUCUCACACAAAGAAAACUAAAACCUGCUACUUUAUGCUUCUCUGCAUCUUAAUUUAAACACUAAAUCCAACGUUUCUUUGCCAAAAGGUCAAUUUUUGUACGAUUCUGCUUGAACAGAUGGUCCAGAAAGAUAACGCUGCGUUAAAUGAAAAAUCAUCUGUGCAUUUAAAAUAAUUUUUCUUGCAGUGUUUAUAUGUGCCAUGCCUAUCUAAAAUAUAUUAAUCAUGACUAUAUUUAUUGCAGCAUUUCUUACACGACUCCAAAAACAAAUCUUAUUGCAGUACCUAAGAUGUACUGAAGAUGGCACAAUUUUAGCACCUUAUAGAGUCAAAGAGCUGCAGGGUUUUUUCUUACUGCUGCCUGCAUGAGAUUAUUUCUGGAAUCAUUAGGCCUUAUAGAGUGCCUUUUGGAAAUGCUGCUCUUGUCACAGAUAUUUAUUAAUUUAAUAAUUUCAAUUUUAAAGAAUAAGCAAUCAUGUUAGGAAUUAAACAUUUGGAAAUAUGUGUUUCAUAUUUCAGCACAUUAAAAGUGCACAGCAGGUGAUGUACAGCAAAACGAGCUGAACAAGAAGCCUACAUUAAAUUUCAUUUACCAGGCUUGUUGAUGUUGCUGGUUUUAGAAACAUGGUCCUUCAUAGGUUGACCAACAUAACAAAAGGCCUGAUCAGUCAGUAAAUGACCUAAAUAAUAUAUCAGUCUUUUUGAUUUGUCUGAUAUUCUAGCUGUUAGACAUUAUGAAAUUCAGUUUUAAUAAAAUACGUGCAGUAUGUUGAAAAGGAACCUCCUACAUACUUUUUGCAAAACAAAAUCUGAAAAUGAUGGCCCGUAUUUGUUUUCACUCCAGGUCAGUAAUGUAGAAUCACUUUUCUUCCACAUCUUGACCUUGUCCCCCUUCCAUGCUUGUGACGUUUCUUCACAUUGAAGGGCAUCACUAAAGCUUGUCAAUAGAUUAAAAAAAGGUUGAAAAGCAAAACUGCCCUUCAGUUCUUGUAGUUGAAAACAUUUUGCUUUUCAUUCGGAGAGCUUUCUUUGGAGCAAGGCAGGGAGCAGUUCCAAGCUUUUAAGCUGUUCAGGGUGUUUUGCAUAUCUAAAUUCACAUGCAGGUGGAUUACACUCUCCUGACAGGAUGUCGUUAGUGCUGUGAAGGUGUGAACUGGUUUGAAACUGACUGGGUAUCACGCUUAAAACUGAACUGUACGUUUUUGACAGAUGAAAUCUCAGGCAUUCUCCCCAGUUUAGUUGUUUUUUUUCUCAUUCAUCAGCAUAUUGUAGAUUAUUCUACCUUAGCUGUAGACCUCAGUGGCACUCUGGACCCUACUGGGCAACUUCUGAAGGCAGUAGGCUGCACUGGAUUUAUUUAGCGGUAUCAGCGUAAAUGGGUUUAGAUAAAUAUGUCCAUCCUCCUUUUUAAUUUGUAUUUUUCAAAUCAUGCAUCAUUAUCAGAAAUUCACAGAAUUUUGCUGCAUUGUGACUAAAUACAGUAAAGUUCAAGGGAUAUGAAAACACAAUUCACUGUAUGGCUCUUGCUUGAAACAGUAAAACUGAAUUUACCAGGUUUGUUAAUGUUGCUGCUCUUGGAAACAGUCGUUCAUAGGUUGUAUAAUAGAGCAACUAAACCUGACCUGCCAUUAAAUAUCCAACAGCAUAAUAUACCAAAGUAUGCACUGUGGCACAGUUGGGUAGCAUUGUUGACUGACAGCAAGAAGGCCCUGGGUUCAAAUCACAGCCUGGGGUCUUUCUACAUGGGGUUUGCAUGUUCUCCCUGUGCAUGCAUGGGUUCUCUCUUGAUACUCCAGCUUCCUCUCAUAGUCCAAAAUCAUGACUAUUAGGUCAACUUAGGUAUGAGUGUUUUAUUUAACCUUUUAAUUAUACAGGUUGACAUCCAAGAUCUUGUUUACAUGAGACCCGUUUGAAACAACCAUGCAUGCAUGGUUAUAGACGAUGGAUGGUCUUUUUUUUUAUGGAUUUCUGUCUGAAAAAGGUUUAUGUCUGUAUUUCACUUUCCAGUUUUUAACCAGUAUAAAACAUUCAGGGACAGCUUUGGCUCAUACUAUGUAGAAUUUGUUUUUUCAUGGCAAUGUAUCGUCCUGUGAGUAUAAGUUAGUCCGACUAGCGGUUUUUGUCAGUGAUUAGAAGGAAUCCAUGUAUAUUAACUUGAAUUCCAGUCACAUAGCAACGAGCUGCACGGAUGUAGUACGUCUGUAAUUCACAUAGAUCCGAGCUUAAUGAUGCUAGGAUAGAUCAGGAUCUGAGAAGCUUUGAAUCUUACCUGUGCAGCUUUUACAGUACAGUAAGACAACUGUUAUUAAAACUGUUAAAUGUCAAUAAAUCAAUUGUGCAAUUUAAAUCCUUA